AUGAACGUAGACAGACCAGCCAGGGGCAUUCGCAAGCCAUGGAAAAAGCGAGAGGACCAACUUCCCUCGGACCACGAAACAACAGUCUCUCGUCGACUGACGCUCCUCAACUUUCUUCCACCAAAGGUCAAGGGACAUGUCGUCGCCUGCGCAGGUGAAUUUGUUGGAACGUUCCUCUUUCUCUUGUUCGCUCUUGGAGGUACCAAUGUCGUCAACACUGCCCCAGCAGAAGGUGCCAAUGCCACCGAUUUGGCUGCCAAUCCUGCCAAAUUACUAUACAUUGCUCUAUGUUUCGGCAUGAGUUUGAUGGUCAACGCCUGGGUGUUCUUCCGUAUCUCAGGAGGCCUCUUCAACCCAGCAGUCACGAUUGGCAUGAUGAUCGUCGGUGCUACAGAUUACAUUCGUGGACCUUUGAUCAUCGUUGCGCAAAUUCUUGGUGGUAUUUGUGCAAGCGGUGUGGUCUCGGCCAUGUUGCCUGGACCUCUCAAUGUUAGGACCCAGCUUGGAGGUGGUACAACCGUCACUCAGGGCCUAUUCAUCGAGAUGUUUCUCACUGCUCAGCUGGUUUUUACCAUCUUCAUGCUUGCUACCGAGAAGCACCAGGCCACCUUCAUCGCGCCUGUCGGUAUUGGUCUAUCCCUAUUCAUCGCCGAACUGCUUGGUGUCUACUACACUGGAGGCUCGCUCAAUCCAGCUCGAUCGUUUGGUCCUUGUGUCAUCUUGCACCAGUUCAACGGUUACCACUGGAUCUAUUGGGUAGGACCCAUCCUCGGUGCUAUGCUCGCCGCAGCAUUCUACAUGUUCGUCAAGUCCCUCGAAUACGAGACCGUCAACCUAGAUCAAGAUCCUCGUGAAGUUGCAGGAAAGCGCUUUGACCCCGUCAGCGGCAAAGAAGAGGUAGUAUUUGCCAACGGCGAGACAUACGCUAUACCACCUACUGGUCGACAAAGUGCUGGUACGGACACAACACGUGUAGGAGGUAUUAGGGGCCCAGCUCCUGGUCCCACCCCCGGUCCAACUCCCGGUCCUGUCGAUCCACGGUAUGCAAGAGGUGCUGAGAUGGAAUCAGGUCACAGAACCAUGCCAGCGCCUUAA